AUGACAUCACCCAAGAAGCACGGAUCCAGAAAUCAUAAAGUUGUCUUGGACUCUCUCGAGGCACUCCUAGCCCACAUGAAUCCGAAUCGCUGGGCCACUCGUAGUAGUAGCUACCUCUAUGAUGAUGAUGACUUUGAGGCCUACGAGGACCUAGUGUUGGUGCUCCCUAUGACUGGCUUGGAUCAAUGUGAGGCAGAGACUCUAGAGGCCCACAUCAGAUACUAUAUUGGGGGUGCGAUUUUGAAAGAUUUCAAGGUAUCCUUUCAGGCAAGCCUACCUGAAUGCAAACUCAAUUUCACAGAACUUGUCAUCUCAGAGAGUGAAUACCUCCAGGACCUUCGUACUCUCUGGCUCGCGGAUGCCUUCCAAGAUGCUGUUGUUUUCUACAACAUGCUUCCCAAGAUACCGCUGGACUUUGAUAACAGGGUCCCUUUGUCUUUGAGGAUUGGUGGCUCUAGAUUAAGACCUAAAUAUGCAACUGGUCACGUUCGUCCUUGGCAUAGAGAACUUAUUCAGUACUGA